AUGCAGCUCCUUCAAACAUUGGCGGCUUCGUUGCUGCUUACCACUAGCGCGCUAUGUGCCGGAGCUACUGGAACUACGAAGGCCUUUGCCCCCAAGGUCUUUAUUGUCUCAAUGUUUGAGCCAGAAGCUGCAGCAUGGUGGAAUAUCCCUGAGUUCGACUUGUUUGCUCACAAUAUCACCAUCCCUGGUCUCUCGCCUCUGUUCCCCGAUGUCCACUGCACUGAAGACUACGAAAUCUGCCAGCUGAUCACCGGUGAAUCCGAAAUCAAUGCUGCCACAACCGUCACCUCCGUUGCUUUCUCGCCCCUGUUUGAUCUCACUCAGACAUACUUCUUCGUUGCGGGUAUCGCGGGCGUCAGUCCCAAGAAGACCACCACUGGAUCCGCAACCUUUGCUCGGUACGCAGUUCAGGUCGCUCUCCAGUAUGAGAUCGAUAUUCGGGAGCUGAACAGCUCUUACUCCACCGGCUAUAUCCCCCAGGGCGCAGACUUCCCCGGCCAGUACCCCACCAGCAUCUACGGCACCGAGGUCUUCGAGGUCAACGCCGAGCUGCGCACCAUCGCUGCGAACUUCGCGCGCAAGGCAAACCUGUCCGACUCUGCCACCGCGCAAGCAUACCGCCGUCAUUACAAGACCCCCAGUGGGAAGUACAAGGCUGCUACCUUACCUCCUAGCGUUGUCGAGUGUGAUGUCGCGACGUCCGAUGUCUACUACAGCGGGAACAUCCUCGGCUCUGCAUUUGAGAACACCACCAAGGUCCUGACCAACGGCACUGGCGAUUAUUGCGCCAGCGCCCAGGAGGACAAUGCCACCCUUGAAGUCCUUCUCCGCUCCUCGGCUUAUAAGUUGACCGACUUCUCCCGCAUCAUCAUCAUGCGCACCGCAUCGGACUUCGACCGCCCAUACCCCGGCUCCUCAGCCACCUUCAACCUGCUCUACUCUGACCAAGGCGGAUUUGAACCCGCUCUCGAGAAUCUGUAUGUUGCCGGAAUCAAGGUCGUUGAGGGUAUCUUGGAAGGUUGGAACACCACUUUUGCUGCUGGUGUGAAGGCUAACAACUACAUUGGCGACAUCUUCGGAACUUUGGGCGGUGUUCCUGAUUUCGGUCCUGGACGCAAGCAGGCCUUGAUUGAUGGCGGUGCGUACCGCAAGCGCAGCAUCCAAAAACGCUUCCAGCGUCGCGCUUGA